AUGGCUGAAAUGGACAAGCUCGACAGCAAGCAAGAAAUCGACAGUGCCAUCGCCAACAACCAGUCAUUUGUCUUGAUGUUUACAGCUAUUUGGAGUGAUGUCGGCAAAUUAACGAAGAGCAACUUCGAGAGGAUCGGUGCCAAGUACCCUUCCGUGUACAUGGCCUGGGUCAGCACCGAUGAUCAUCCCGAGCUGGCCGAGGAAUGGGGGUUCACUGCUAUUCCGGCCACCGUUGCCUAUAAGAAUGGCGACAAGGUGGACUACUUCAUUGGGCCUCAGUACUCGGACGAGCAGGUCGAGAGAUUUAUUAAGAAGACGCUCUAA